CUGUGAUUGGUCGUUAAAGUUCGUUUGGCAAAUUUGAAAAGAAGUUUAGAGUUUUCGAUUUUUAUGAAAAGUUAAACUUUUUUAUUCGAUUUUAUAAAUAUUUCUUGAAUUAAUUUUAGGAUUAAAUAGGUUUAUUUUUAAAAUCAAAAUGAAACCAACUCGUCAUAAAACACCAAAACGACAAUUGAAACUCAGAAAUGGAUUAGUCGAUCCAGUUGAAGUUUAUUGCAGACUUCGAACAUUAGAGGAUCAGACUGAUGAUAUAUGUGUAAAAGCUUUAGAUAACUGUACUGUGAAAUUAAUGCAGCGUGAUGGAAAUACUCUUACAAAAAAUGGACUUACAAAAGAGAUUCAUUACACAUUCAAGUAUGUGUUUGAUGAAAAUGUUUCUCAGAAGACUUUGUUUGAUAAUAUUGCAUUUCCAUUAGUAGAAGAUCUUAUUCGUGGAAAAAAUGGUUUGCUAUUUACUUAUGGAAUCACAUCAUCUGGAAAAACAUAUACAAUGACAGGAACACCACAGGAUGGUGGACUUUUACCUCGUUGCUUAGAUGCAGUUUUCAAUAGUGUUGGAGAAUACCUAACAAGAAAAUAUAUAUUCAAACCAGAUAAACUGAAUGGAUUUGAUGUACAGUCUAUAGCAGAAUCAUUGAUGGACUUGCAAAAAGAUCUUGGUUUAAUUACCCCAAAAACUCCUAAGACAAAAAAAAAAGAUGGUGAUUUAGAUUGGAGCCAGAGGAUACCAGAUGAUGUUAAAAUACUAGAAGUUGAUUCUGAUAAUGGAUAUGCUGUGUUUGUGUCUUACAUUGAAAUUUACAAUAAUUAUAUUUAUGAUUUGUUAGAAGACAUUCCAAUUGAUCCAAUUAAACCAAAACCUCCACAGUCAAAAAUAUUGAGAGAAGAUGCCAAUCACAAUAUGUAUGUAUUUGGAAUGACAGAGAAAGAAGUAAAAACUGCAGAUGAAGCUUUUGAAUUGUUCUGUAAAGGUCAAAGACGUAGACGAGUAGCUCACACAGCUCUUAAUACUGAAUCGAGUAGGAGUCAUAGUGUUUUUAAUGUUCGGCUUGUUCAGGCUCCUUUAGAUCCAGUGGGUGCAGAAAUAAUUCAGGAUCGAAAUCAAACUAUUGUUAGCCAGUUAUCUCUAGUAGAUCUUGCUGGUAGUGAAAGAACAGUACGAACAAGAAAUACUGGAGACAGGCUACGUGAAGCAGGAAAUAUAAACACAUCUUUGAUGGCGUUGAGAGAAUGUAUUGAAAUAUUAAGAGAGAACCAAAAUCAAAAUAGUUGCAAGUUAGUUCCAUAUCGAAAAAGCAAGCUGACUCAUUUAUUUAAAAAUUAUUUUGAAGGAGAAGGAAAAGUGAGAAUGGUAGUUUGUAUCAACCCACGCGUAGAUGAUUAUGAUGAAAUUAUCCAUGUUAUGAGAUUUGCAGAACUUGCUCAAGAAGUGCUUCUGUCUCGGCCAACCCCACUGUCUAAUGUUUUGUCUUCUGGAUUAAAAUCUGGUAGAGGCAAUAAUUACCGAGAAGCUGUAAAAAAGGCUGAGGAAGAAGGAACAAAUUUGGAUGAUUAUUUGGCUUCAACAGUUUAUACAAUGGGACCUGCUUUUCCAAUUAUAGAAAAUAUGAAUAGUGAAACUUUAACAAAUCUUCUGAAUUUUAUGAAUGAUAGAAAGGUUCGCCGAGAAACUUUAUUGAAAGACUUGAAUAAUAAACAAUCUGAAUUUAGAAGACAGUUGAGUGAGAAUGAAAAAGAAAUGAUGACUCUUCGUCAGCAAGUUAGAGUUCUUCAAAUGGAUUUAGAAGCCAGAGAACAACAAGUAAAAUGUCUAGAGAAGAAAAUAUCUGAUAUGAAAGAAACUAAUGAUGUUUUAAAUAAAAAGAUUGGAGAAACUGAGAGGAAUAAACAAGCUUUAGAAAAUGAGUUGGAUGAAAAAGAGAUGUUACUAAAUAAAGGACAAAUGGAGAAAGAAAAAAUCAAAUCAGAACUACAUGACCGUCUUGAAAUAGAAAGAAGUCGUAUGCAGCGUAUCAUGGUAAGAGGAGACAGAGAUGGUGUCCCUGAAAUUAUGGAUGAAAUUGUGACAUCUGCUAGAAAUCUCGAAUUGGAGGUGAAUGAAGAUGACAUUGAAGAACUCAUAAUGAAAUCUGAAACUGACCUGACAGAUCGAAAUCAAACUAUUGUUAGCCAGUUAUCUCUAGUAGAUCUUGCUGGUAGUGAAAGAACAGUACGAACAAGAAAUACUGGAGACAGGCUACGUGAAGCAGGAAAUAUAAACACAUCUUUGAUGGCGUUGAGAGAAUGUAUUGAAAUAUUAAGAGAGAACCAAAAUCAAAAUAGUUGCAAGUUAGUUCCAUAUCGAAAAAGCAAGCUGACUCAUUUAUUUAAAAAUUAUUUUGAAGGAGAAGGAAAAGUGAGAAUGGUAGUUUGUAUCAACCCACGCGUAGAUGAUUAUGAUGAAAUUAUCCAUGUUAUGAGAUUUGCAGAACUUGCUCAAGAAGUGCUUCUGUCUCGGCCAACCCCACUGUCUAAUGUUUUGUCUUCUGGAUUAAAAUCUGGUAGAGGCAAUAAUUACCGAGAAGCUGUAAAAAAGGCUGAGGAAGAAGGAACAAAUUUGGAUGAUUAUUUGGCUUCAACAGUUUAUACAAUGGGACCUGCUUUUCCAAUUAUAGAAAAUAUGAAUAGUGAAACUUUAACAAAUCUUCUGAAUUUUAUGAAUGAUAGAAAGGUUCGCCGAGAAACUUUAUUGAAAGACUUGAAUAAUAAACAAUCUGAAUUUAGAAGACAGUUGAGUGAGAAUGAAAAAGAAAUGAUGACUCUUCGUCAGCAAGUUAGAGUUCUUCAAAUGGAUUUAGAAGCCAGAGAACAACAAGUAAAAUGUCUAGAGAAGAAAAUAUCUGAUAUGAAAGAAACUAAUGAUGUUUUAAAUAAAAAGAUUGGAGAAACUGAGAGGAAUAAACAAGCUUUAGAAAAUGAGUUGGAUGAAAAAGAGAUGUUACUAAAUAAAGGACAAAUGGAGAAAGAAAAAAUCAAAUCAGAACUACAUGACCGUCUUGAAAUAGAAAGAAGUCGUAUGCAGCGUAUCAUGGCUUCUCGAUUGGCUGAAAAACAAGCUGAAUUAGAAGCAAAAAUGUGCAUGAGCAAAGAAAAAUUUAAGCAGUUAAGAGAGAUUCUUAAUUCAGGUGAUUGGGAAGAACACCUAGAAAAUCUUCGUACACCCACAUAUACUUCAUCUUCCUCAGAACCUAGAAUAUAUCAAGUUUUCUCAGAUGGUGCAAAUACCAAAAAGUCNUAG